GCUGUCAUGGCCCCUUUCAUGGAGGUAUUGUGCUGGUAUGUUGUUAUUUUUAAGGCAUCUUCCCUCCCGAAUAACCAGUUUUUCUGCUGUGAAGCUACACCUCCGCAUGUGAGCAGGAAUACACUAACUUUUGCCAAGCUCAAACCUCAAAACUCUGACUAUUGUCUGUUUUGACGAUGUAUGGAGACGUAAGUUAGCAAGGCUAACGUUAGCAGUGUGACAAACUGGUCAAUGUUUCGCUAACUAGUUGCAAACCAGUCCUUUUAAAUAUCUAGUUAACUGUCAUUUUUGGCUGUUGAAUAAGAGUUCUUUAAUACGCAUAAAGGAUGCCUGAAGUUGUUUCAUACCAGGGCUUGUAUUUAACAGGGAGAGAAAUAGAAAAGCACCUUUCGACAGGACACGGAUACUGAUGGACAGUUGUUGAAUUCAGGAUGAAUGACAUGAACCUGAGUCCUGUGGGCAUGGAUCAGCUCAGUGUGCCCUCAGUGAGUGCCAGCCACCUGGGGCUGCCCACCUCACCCACACACAACCCCAUCCCCACCCCAGGCAUGCCGGUGGCCAUCCCCAGCCUGGGUCCUUCCCUGGGCUCCCUCCCUUCUGCUCUCUCGCUGAUGCUCCCCAUGGGUCCACUGAGUGACAGAGGAGUGAUGUGUGGCCUACCGGAGAGGAACUACUCUUUGCCACCUCCUCCAUACCCCCACCUGGAGAGCAGCUACUUCCGACACAUACUGCCAGGUAUCCUGUCUUAUCUGGCAGACCGUCCACCACCUCAAUACAUUCAUCCCAGCAGCCUUAACAUGGAUGGGACCCUGUCUGUGACCAGCAACAAUCCCUCAGGUCUGGACCCCUACAGUGGCCCUGGAGGCCCACUGGAGCAGGGCCUGGUGCCCAUGGACUCCAGACAAGUCAGUGGACAGGGAGACCUCCACCAGACAGGUGCUCAUGAACUGGACUCUACAGGAUUGGCCAUGGAGUCACGUGUUAGCAGCCCCAUGUCCCCUGACAGGAUGGGAGAGGAGCUGGCCAGCAUGGAUGGAGUUGGGGUGGUGGCGGUGUCUGACACCCAGCAGCAGCUUGGUGGUGGAAGGCAGCCUCAGUCGCAUGAGGGCCUGACUGGUGUGGACUCAUCCGGUGGGGUGUUGCCCCUCCAUGGGCCCCCUGUGCUCGAACUACCAGUGGUGAUGGAGCAAGAUCAUAUGGGGGGUCGAGUUGGUAAUGCUGGGGGAGGAGGAGCAGGAGGACUCGGGGAGCAGCUCCACUCGAAUGGGGAGCUUAACUCAGGAGUUGUCAGUGUGGUGCUCACUGGCUCGAUGGCCAGUCAGGGCCAGCUGGAGCCGGUGCCUCUCCAUGGACACUCUGGGAUGGGGCUGGAGGCAGUAAAUGUGUCCCCCAUCACUGCAGAGGUGUCACUGGGGCCAGAAAACAACCUGGUGCUAGUGAACUCCACCUUGCAACUUGAGGAUUCUACCUCCAACAAGGAGAACAUGGUCACUGCCUACACCAUCUGGUGCACACUGUGUGAGCGCUCAUAUACCUCAGACUGCCCAGAGCAUGGCCCAGUCACCUUCAUCCCUGACACGCCCAUCCAAAGCCGAGCUCGCCUCUCUCUGCCACGUCCACUGUGCCUGCGCAUCUCAGUGGCCGAUGAACCACUUGGAGUUUUUGCACGAGAUGUCAUUCCUCCGAGGACCUGCUUUGGACCAAUGGUUGGCCAGCACUGUAGCAAUGUCGAUCUGUCUGAUUGGCCGGAAAAGGAUGCGCCUCAACUGUGGAAGAUGUAUCACAACAACGUGCUGGAGUUCUACAUCGUGACAACGGAUGAGAACGAAUGCAACUGGAUGAUGUUUGUCCGCAAGGCAAGGACUCGUGAGGAGCAGAACCUGGUGGCGUACCCUGCCAAUGGGAAACUGUUCUUCUGUACAACCACAGAAAUCCACCCAGACCAGGAGCUGCUCUUUUAUUAUAGCAGAGACUACUGCAGGAUGAUGGGUGUUCCUCAGGUCCCUGAGGGCCAGAUCUGCCAGUGUGGCAAAGAGUGCUCCUCCUUCUCUGAGCUCAAGUCUCAUCUAAGCAGCCAUAACAGCAACCACAGCCAUAACCAACCUCCACACAGCCACAGCCCGUCACAGCAGGACCACUCUCAGCAACAACAGCAGCAGCAACAACCGCAGCAGCAGCAGGCACCGCAACAAGAGCAACAACCACAGCAACAGCAACAUUCUCACCAGGAAGAAAAGAUGACCAAUGGGACCUCAAGCUCCUCCUCUUCGCCAUGGCCCUGCCACGCCCAUGCUGCAGGACAAACGAACAAUGACAACAGCGGCAGCGGCGGCAGCAAUAAUAGAAACUCUAAUAAUGUUACCUCCAGAGCGAAAGGUCAGGGCCAUGUGCGGGAGAAGAAAUUCAAGUGCAGCAUGUGUUCACGGGCUUUCAUCACAUCCACCAAGCUCAACGUGCACUUCAUGGGACACGUGGGGAUGAAACCUCACAAGUGCGAAUACUGCAGUAAGGCUUUCAGCGAUCCCAGUAACCUCAGGAUGCACCUCAAGAUUCACACAGGUCAGAAGAACUAUAGAUGCACGGUUUGUGAAAAGUCGUUCACACAGAAAUCCCAUGUGGCAUCACAUAUGCUCAUCCACACCGGUGCAGAGAAGCUGAAAUGUGACCUCUGCGACCGGGCGUUCAUCAGGAAACAUGACCUGAAGCAGCACAUGUUCUCUCACACGCAUGAGCGCCGGAUACAGUGCCCAAAGUGCAACAAACACUUCCUCAAGACCAACCACCUGAAGAAGCACAUGAACUCUCACGAGGGCCGCAGAGACUUUGUCUGCGAGAAAUGCCACAAAGCUUUCCUCACCAAAUACCACCUCACCCGUCACCUCAAGAUAUGCAAAGGGCCCAAGACGGAAAGAGCAUCCCGUAAGGAGCAGGAUGUCGAUGAGGAAGAGGAGGAGGAGGAGGAUGAGGAUGGCAGCAGGGGAGGAAGAGGAGGAGGAGGAGGAGAGAGACUGGUUGACUCAGCCAAUAAUGAAGACUGUGGUUUAGAUGUUGGAGGAUAUAACUCUGAAAAGUCCCUGUCACCCCCCCAUUGACACCACUGUGCCUGUUGAGAUGUCUUGUUUAUUUAUUUACUUUUACCACAAUACUGAUGUUUACCUCUAGUUUUUGCCAAAUAUCAUUACAACAAAUUUGAACAGUAUCAUCUUAAAUGAUCAGUUAAUUUUAAUUGCCACAUUUUUCAUAAUUGAAAAUGUUUUCCUUCAGUUUCUCACAAGCAUAACACUGCUGCUAAAUAUGAUCAAGCCAGUUGGUAAAGAUCUGACUGUAUUUGUACAAAGCUAUUCUCUCUUUUUCAUUUAACUCAGGCCUGUGCAAUAUUAUAGGUUGAUGACAUUCAUAUAAGCUAUCGUUCAUUCAUUGUUAUUCCUUAAUCUGAUCUUCCUCAUUCAAUAACACAGAGUGAAUGUUUGACAUUCAUUUGUAGUUGCACAUUAAUGUCAAUUAAAAUUUAUCAUGCCAUAUUUUUGCAUUGUAGUCCUGAUCAUAUGUAACUGCUAAAUGGCCUGUGCUUUUACUCCUUAUUUAUGAAUAGCAGGAUUUUUUUAUUUAAAUUGUCUGUGUGAAUGGAAGUGAGCCCCUUGAAAACAGGAAUCUGGGCAUUAUUGUCAUAGUCCUCAUUGUGU